UGUGAAUUGACAUUUGGACAUGUUAUUUAAAAUAUAUAUUUUAAUCUUAUCUAACACAAUUAUCUUAAUUCUCCAGUCAGCUUAAAGCACAUAUGCUAUAUCUAGGAUUAUUGUUCUUACAAUUUUUUUUGUAAAUGAUGUGUUUUUUAAAAUUCUAUGGAAUAUGGUUGAAUAUAAUAUGGUUGAUGUUAGUCAAUGGUGCUGUAGUAGAUCUUUCAACAUUGAAAUCGUAUAUAGUUAAUCAACACAACUCAUACAGAAAAUCUGAAUAUGCUUCUAAUAUGAUCAAAUUGACAUGGGAUGAAGCCUUAUCCCGAGAAUCGUCGUACUGGGUAGAAAAAUGUCGAUUUGAACAUAAAGGAAGUGGUCUAGGUGAAAAUCUAUAUUUUGACGAUUACAAGAAAUCUGUUAAAGACUUUGUAACAGAUGCUCUCAAUAGUUGGUAUGAGGAAAGAAGGCAUUGGCAGGUAUCAAAAGGAAACUGUGGACUAGCUUGUCAUUACACUCAGAUGGUUUGGGCCAACACUACGACAGUAGGAUGUGGUAUUAAGAAAUGUCCAGUGAUGAAUGAUAAUGGCAGAACGAUUAAAGACACCACAUUGUUCGCCUGUUUUUAUUAUCCCAAGGGCAAUAUGUACGGGUCAUAUCCAUUUACAAUCGGACCAAUAUGCAGUAAAUGUCCAAAAAAUAGCCACUGUGAAAACCAAAUGUGCGUUAGACAGUUUGCAAUCCAGAAUUCAACCCAUCCUGUAGUUAGAAGAACAUCAUUACAACCCACAACAACUACGAUGAAAACAACCACCGUAGAUUCAACAUGUGUAGAUAGAUUGAGAGGUUGCGAACACUGGAAAGCAGAUUGUGCCUCUAACCAUGCUGUGAGAAUAUCCUGUCCAAAAACCUGUGACAGAUGUAAUCCUCCUGCAUUUUUGGUAGUAUCACCACCAACAGUUGCAUGUGAAGAUGAAACUAAAUUUCAAAGAAGUUGUAACUAUUGGGCUAGUUUAGGUUAUUGUUCCAAGAAUCAGUUGAUGAGAGAAGUUUAUUGCCAAAAAACUUGUAAAACCUGUAAAUAAAUUAGUUUU